UUGUCAGUUUCGCCACUAUUCCCGCUGCUUCAUCCUCCUCUACCGUCGGUUUCGGUACUCAGUGGCUGGUUGCGAAAGUGACAAGUCGUGGCUAGCGUAACAUUCUAGUCCUGUCUACUAGUGGCCCGCUCAACGACCUUAGCGUCAGCCCACUGAUUCUCGGCCCAGCGUGUCUCGCUCUGCGCUCUGCGGGCCGACUGGAGCAUCGCGCCGAUGGUGACCAUCGCACGCGCCGCGCCGCCCUCGGAGAAGGCGAAGCCGGCGCUGAUGUCGCCCGACACCAAGCCGCCGCCCCUCCAACCGAAGCGCGCCGUCGACUCGACUGAGAGCGGCGCGCAGGUGGUGGCGGCGAGGAAGGCGGCGGUAGACGCGCCGCCGGAUGACGCGCUGGCGGCGCGGUUCUCGGCGCUGCGGUACCUGGCGGGCUUCGGGAAUCAAUUCGAGAGCGAGGCGCUGCCCGGCGCGCUGCCCGCAGGGCGCAACAACCCGCGCGUGUGCCCGUACGGGCUGUACGCGGAACAGCUGACCGGCACCGCGUUCACCGCGCCGAGGCGAGAGAACCAACGCAGCUGGCUGUACCGCAUCAAGCCGUCCGCGACCCACCACCCCUUCGUGCCGUGCGACGGCGCUCGCACCAACCCCGUGCUCGUGAGCGACUUCAGCGCGGGCGGCCCGUGCGACGCCACGCCCAACCAGCUGCGGUGGCGUGCCACCCAGAUACCCGAGAGGGAGGAGCGGCACGUGGACUGGGUGCAGGGGCUGGCGACGGUGUGCGGCAGCGGGGCCGCGGCGGACAAGACGGGCUUCGCCAUCCACAUGUACGCAGCAAACAGCAGCAUGGAGCGAUGUGCGUUCGCCAAUGCGGAUGGCGACCUGCUCAUUGUGCCGCAGCAAGGCCGUCUCUGGCUCACCACGGAGUUCGGUCUGCUGGCGGUGCAGCCGGGCGAGAUCGCGGUGCUGCAGCAGGGCGUGCGCUUUGCAGUGCGCCUGCCGGACGGCCCCUCCAGGGGCUACGUGUGCGAGAUCUAUGGCGGGCACUUCCAGCUGCCCGACCUCGGCCCCAUCGGAGCCAACGGCCUGGCCAACCCGCGGGACUUUCAGACGCCCGUGGCGUGGUUCGAGGAGGGCUCCGCUGCUGCUGCCUCCGAUGCUGGGGUGGAUGCGGUGCAGAGCGGUGGAGCGGGUGCGGUGCAGAGCGGUGGUGGGUACGUGGUGGUGCACAAGUUUGCGGGGCGGCUGUUUGAGGCGAGUCAGGACUUCUCGCCCUUCAACGUGGUGGCGUGGCAUGGCAACUACGCACCCUACAAGUACGAUCUGCACCGCUUCUGCCCAAUGAAUGCAGUGGCGUUCGACCAUCCCGACCCCUCCAUCUUCACUGUGCUAACGUGCCCCACGGCUCGCCCCGGCGUGGCGGCGGUGGACUUCGUUGUGUUCCCGCCGCGGUGGGCGGUGGCAGAGGGUACCUUCCGGCCGCCCUACUUCCACCGCAACUGCAUGAGCGAGUUCAUGGGGCUCAUAGCGGGGACGUACGAGGCCAAGGCGGAGGGCUUUGAGCCGGGCGGGGCGAGUCUGCACAGCUGCAUGACGCCGCACGGCCCUGAUGCUGCCACCUUUGAGCGUGCGGUGGCGGAGGAGGGCAGCGGCGAGCCUGAGCGCGUGCACGAGGGGUCGCUGGCGUUCAUGCUGGAGUCGUGCUUCACGCCGCGCGUCACACGCAACAUGCUCGCCUCGCCCCUCCUGGACGCCCACUACUACCAGUGCUGGCAGGGCCUCCGAUCGCACUUCAGGCGCCCCUCACCAUGAUUUUGUUUGUCAACUCCCAUCUGUCAUAUUCAUAUUGUAUAUAGCACUCAACGUGAUCUUAGGGUUAUUUGUCCAUGAUUUCUUUUCUGGAAACAUCGCUGCUUUGGUGUAAAUAGAAUGGAAGGGUACAUGAAUUUGGCCUAAAUCAAUGGCAACUUUAUGU